ACAACAACGCUCCUUUUCGUUUUCUCUCACACACAACUUCCAGUAAUUGGAGUUGAAGUGCUUUUGAAUCAUACUUUUUCUUCUUAUUCUGGUCAUCUCUAUUGCAGUGAUCGUCUUAUACAUACCAACAUGGGUGUCAUGCGUUUACCUCGCCCAACCGGCGUGUAUGUGCCGAACUCACCCACUCGGAGCCUCAAGGGCGAUAUGAUCUCCUCCCCAUUAUCACCUGAAUUCAAUUUUGACUCCGAGACCUUGACUCCUUCCAUUAUUCCUGCCCUUGAAUACGUUUCUUCCAAGCUGGAGCAGAGGAUGAUGCACGUCACUCUGCUUGUUGGUCGCGGGAAGCCCUACCCGACCGGCCAGCCAUCCGAUCUCAUCGUCAUCCCCAUCACCCCUCUGGAUGAGACAGCAUGGCGGAUCGUGUUCCGCACGGUAGCCAAAGGAGCCAGCAAGUUCUCUUUAGGCCACAGCUGGACUGAUGCCUUGAACCGCAGCCAGCACGAGCGCCAGGCCCACGACUACCUGAUCCAACAGUCGAUUAUGCAGAAUGAAGUGAUCUUCAGCAGAGAGGGUCUGACACUGCUGAACGUGGACCGCAUCUACACCCUCAAGCGCCGGCUGUGCAUCCUUUCCCAUCGGGGAACACCGCCCGAAGAAUCUUACAUCUCAUCCUGCGCGCAACUCCUCCACCGUACCAUCAAUGACUUCCAUGGUCGUCCCUUCAGCAGGGCCUUCUUCCACCGCGUCUACGAGCAGCUGGAUGUGCCUGAUAUGCUAUUGUCCCAGGUGGCGGAUGCCUUCAGAAAGCAAUACAAGCAGGAAGGAAUUAUUAUUCCACCUCCUGCGAAGGCCGAUGUUGCACCUCCCGCCAAGACCAAUGUGCCACCCCGGGUGAAGGUGGAGCGUCCCCGGAAGUCACCACUACGUGCGAUCCGGGCAGCUCGUCGCCAAAACCCUCCGCCAACAAGAUGCAACUUACCAACCAAGCGCGGGCCCAAGACACCACUGUCUGCAUCUGAUGUGACUCCUAUCACUCGGAACGAAUGGAACAUGCUCCGUACGGACUUUCCUUUGGGCAAGACCACUGUUACCAAGUGGACACCAUCACCAACUGUUAUGGCUGCUGCGUGAACGGCAUCAUUGAUUGCUUGACACUAUGUCGAGCAAAUGCUAUACCAUCAACACCUCCAGCACCCUCAUGGCCAUGGUCAUGAUCAGAGGGGCCUCCAAAACCGAGCCAUCUGCGCAUCGGAGCAGUCUGAAGAAGUAUCCCGGGUUUGAAGGGACCGUUCUCGGACUGGCAGGAAUACUCCACCGUUGAGCGGAAUUCCGCCGACAGCCAUGGCUGGUUGAGUGGAGCUAUCCGAGCGAUGUCGGCAAACCGGCCAACUAGGCGCAGGGACCACCGCAAGGCGGGUGGAUUUCAG